AUUUUGCUCUUUUCAACAAAGUAGAGAACCUGCGCUCUGCUCUGGCCACUUUCUGUGUGAAAUCUGAGGUGAAGAUUUGCAGGAAACAAGACCUUCGUCAUGGGAUCGACAAUGAUGUUGAGUUUGCUAAGUUUAACUCUUUUCUUUGCAACUUCUUACGCAACUAACAAGUAUGAAAAAUGUGAGGGAGUUCCUAUGGUUGCGGUUAUCAACAAGGUAAACGUAAGCCCAUGUGAUGCGUUCCCAUGUCAACUGAAGAAAGGAACUAAUACCACUAUCACCGUUGACUUUACCCUCAACAAAUCUGAAAUGGCCAAGACAGCUACCACGGUUGUACAUGGGAUACUAAAAGGUCUGCCCGUACCCUUCAGCACAGAUUACACAGAUGCGUGCAAAACCGCUGGCUUAAAAUGUCCCUUAAUGCAGUCAAGUGAAAAUGUUUACACAGCCAAGCUUUACAUCGAAAAGGUGUACCCUGAUAUAAAUGUCUAUGUCAAGUGGGAACUACAGGACCAGGAUGGCAAGGAUCUUUUCUGCUUUGAAAUUCCUGUGACAAUCGUCGGGUAAAGUGCUUUGUAAAGACGUGUUCCCAUUAGAAUUGUUUACUGUGGCUCUUCUGUAGAAAGACAAAAUUAAGUCCAUUAGGGACGCAUGGUAAACUGACCUCCCUGUCAAUUUACUGCAAAACUAUUAACAGGUGGAAGACUUUCGCGCAACCACAGUAAUUUAUCAGGGCUGCUUAAAAAGUCUUAGUGGAACAGCUCUGCGUUGUCAACCUUUCCGUGACCAAGCUGUAAAAGGCUAUGCAAACUUCGCAGCAUAUAGGUCUAGGUGGGAACGCACGACUCAGUUACGCCAAAGCCAGUCACUGUAACCUUCCACAGUGCAAUGGGAACAUGGCUUAAGCUUGCUAGCUGUCUUUUUUAUUACCAAAGGGUCAAAGUUCGAAGAGAGUAAUGGCCAAAUACAUAUUAUUUACAGAUACAUGUGGUGGUACAAUCCAAUUCAAUUCAAUUCAAUUCAAAUCCUGUUGUCUGUUGUAGUUAAAACUUUUUUUGGGUCACUAAAAAAAAAAAAAAAUUAAUUUAAAUAAUGAUUCAAACAAAUAAAUAAAUGUAUAAAUGCUUAUAAUACAUCAAGAUCCCUACAUUACUGUAAAAUCUUGGAAAGAGCUGUCUGCUAGGAAAAGCAAUGCUCUGUAGUUACUGAUAUUUUGUUUGAGUUAUUAAAGAAAGUCAAUGUGAUAAGAAAUUUGAUAACUUAAAUCAUAUGUCCAGUGACAAGGCAUGGGUAAGAAUUUAAAACCUUUUUUCGGAAUUUAGGUUUUGAGUGUGCAAUGUGAGAGUAUAUUUUUUUAUUUACCACGUUAGGAUGAGUUGAAACUAGGCACACAUUUCAAAAUUAAUCUAAAUUUAUUCAAAUUGAGCAACAAUAUGCAGAACAUAGAAACAAAAGACGACAAAAAAUGCAGAAUAU